UAUUCCCCGCUCUGCCCGGCUCUCUGCCCCGGGAGCGCUCCUGCCCCAUCCCGACGAGGGACAGCGACGUUCCCGGCGCUCCCUCCCUGCCGCGGCUCCCUCCCCCUCCGGAGCCUGGGUCCACAAAGAGGCCGCGCCGCGGCAUCCUCGGGCCUGGCCGCAGGGGGAGGGGGCGGCCUGGAGGCAAUGUCGGGGUCUGCACGGGCUGCCGUGAGCUGGGCCAUGGAGCCCGGGGAGUCGGGGAAGGCCCCUGUGACGUUUGAUGACAUCACAGUGUACCUGCUCCAGGAGGAAUGGAUGCUGCUGAGUCAGCAGCGGAGGGAGCUCUGUGGGUCUGACAAGCUGGUGACCCUGCCGGGACCGACUGUCACCAACUCCCCGCUGUUCUGUAAGUUUGGGCGAGGGCCAGAGCCAUGGAUAGGCAAUGUCCAGGGCCAGAGAAGUCUCCUGGACCAUCCUUCAGGAAAGAAACGGGUGAGCUGCAUGGAAGAAAUGGACAGGCAGGGUCCUGUCAUGGGGUGUGGACGGUGGCAGCCACCCCAGAAGAAAGCCUGCCUUUCUCCCUUCAGCACAGAGAGUGGCCACAUCAGGGGAGACUGGACAGCAAGAAGCAGGAAAGCCCUGAAGCCCCGGUCUAUCCAGAAGGCGUGGUUUGUGCAGUUCCCGUGGCUGAUCACCAACGAGGAGCAGACGGCUCUGUUUUGCUCUGCUUGCCGAGAAUACCCAUCUGUCAGGGACAGACGGUCGAGACUGAUAGAGGGUUACACGGGGCCGUUCAAGGUGGAGACUCUCAAGUACCACGCCAAGAGCAAAGCUCACCUCUUCUGCGUCAAUGCCUUGGCUGCGAGGGACCCCCUCUGGGCGGCCCGGUCCAGGAGCAUUGGAGAUGUGUCUGGAGGUGUGCCGGCCGGUCCGGAGCACCUCUUCACUGCAGAUCACCCCAUUUUCUAUCCCCCGGGGCCUCUGGGGGACAGCAUGACCAAACUCCUGCCAUGCCUAGGAGCUGAACUGGAGGACCCUGGGGGGAAUGGAGUGAUUCCCCCAAGGAAUGGAGUGAUUCCAGCCUUGUAUCUAGACAGCAUUUCAGAUCUGAUGCAAAAAGAAGUCACCGAUGGCAUCCACGACACCUCAAGCAGCAGCGUUUUAUGCAAGGAUGCGGUUGGAUCCUGCCAUCAGGACCCUUCCGAAAAGGGGCUGUUGGAGGAGGUUCCUGUGGUGUUUGAGGAGCUCCCAGUGGUAUUUGAGGAUGUGGCAGUGUAUUUCACCCCGGAGGAGUGGGGCCUGCUAGACAAGCGGCAGAAGGAGCUGUACAGAGAUGUGAUGCGGCUGAACUAUGAGCUGUUGGCCUCCCUGGGGCCUGCUGCCGCCAAACCCGACUUGAUCUCCAAACUGGAACGGAGAGCUGCACCCUGGACCAAGGGCCCAGAUGGGCCACAGUGGGGCAGAGGUCAUCCUCCAGGGACAAGGAAGAUGGUGACUGCACGGGAGGCAGACGCACGGGCCUCGGCUGUGGAAUCCUCAUUGCUCCCAGCUCCUGCGGAGACACGUCCUUCCUUCUGCGCUGCCGGCAUGUGCGAAGCGGCUGAUGGGCCUGGACAGAUGAGGAGGACGUACAGGCCCCGCUCCAUCCAGAGGUCGUGGUUCAGACAGUUCCCGUGGUUAGCGGUUGGCCCCGGGGAGACCGUGCUCUUCUGCUCCGUGUGCAGAGGGAGACCCAGCCUCCAUGACAGGUCGUCUCGGUUGGUCAGAGGUUACACGGGGCCUUUCAAGGUGGAGACCUUAAAGUACCACGAGGUCAGCAAGGCCCACAAGCUCUGCGUCAACACGGUAGACGUCCAGGAGGACACCCCUCAGGCCGCCCUGGUCCCCGAGAUCUCCAGCGACCUCAUGGCAAACAUGGAGCACUUCUUCCACGCCGCCUACUCCAUCGCGUACCACUCGAGACCCCUGAAUGACUUCGAGAAGAUCCUGCAGCUCCUCCAGAGCACUGGGACCACGAUUUUAGGCAAGUACCGAAACCGCACUGCGUGCACCCAGUUCAUCAAGUACAUCUCGGAGACGCUGCGGAAGGAGAUCCUGGGUGACGUCCGGAGGUCCCCCUGCGUGAGCCUGGUGCUGGACAGCUGCACGGACACGGCCGCCCAGUCCUGCGUGGGCAUCUUCCUCCGCUACCUCAAGCAGACGGAGGUGAAGGAGUCGUACAUCGCGCUGGCCCCCCUCCCCAGCGAGACGGCCGACGGCUACUUCGAGGCGGUCAUUUCGGCCCUGGACGAGCUGGACGUCCCUUUCCGGAAGCCCGGCUGGGUGGUGGGCCUGGGCACCGACGGCUCGUCUGUGCUGAGCCGCUCAGGGGGCUUGGUGGCACAGCUCCAGGAGGUCGUCCCCCGGCUGCUGCCCGUCCACUGCGUGGCCCACCGGAUGCAGCUGGCAGUGGUGGAUGCUUGCGGGGACAUCGACCUGGUGCGGAAGUGUGACCGGCACAUCCGCACCGUCUUCAAGUUCUAUCAGUCCUCCAGCAAGAGGCUGAGCGAGCUACAGGAGGGCGCAGCCCUGCUGGGCCAGGAGAUCGCCCGCCUGAAGGAUUUGAACGCCAUCCGCUGGGUGGCCAGCAGGAGGCGCACGCUGAACGCGCUCAUCGGGAGCUGGCCAGCCCUGGUGAGGCACCUCCAGAGCGUGGCAGAGGCUGGGGGGCAGACUGGGCACAGGGCCAAGGGCAUGCUGAAGCUGAUGAGGGGCUUCCAUUUCGUCAGGUUCUGCCACUUCCUCCUGGACUUCCUGAGCAUCUACAGGCCGGUGUCAGAGGUGUGCCAGAAGGAGAUUGUGCUGGUCACUGAGGUGAACUCCGCGCUGGCACGGGCCUACCUGGCCCUGGACACCCUCCGUUGCCAGGCAGGGCCCAAAGAGGAAGAGUUCGAGGCCUGCUUCAGGGAUGGGCGGCUCCAUGGCAUCUCCCUGGACAGAGUGGAGAUGGCAGGGCAGCGGUUCCAGGCUGACCGGGCACGCAUGAUCCUGACCGGCGUCGAGUACCUCCAGCAGAGGUUUGGUGCAGACCGGCCCCCGCAGCUCCAGAGCAUGGAGGUAUUUGACACGGUGGCCUGGCCCAGCGGGACUGAACUCACCAGCUUUGGGAACACCGACAUUCUCACCCUUGCCAGGUGCCGGGCUCGGGAAGGAGGAGAUGGAGCACUCUACAGGGAGGGGACUCUGACCCAGAAACCGCCUGCCUCACCCUCCGAGGACCCCCUGGGGGAUCUGAAGGACUGCCUCAUGGGGUCCCCGGAGAGGCCAGGAGCUCCCCAAGCUGUCCUGACGGAGGAGUCCUGGCACAGCCUUAGAGGCCCCACUGCGCCCGCCCUGUCCCUGGUCAUGGGUACAGCUCUCUGCAGGGAGGUUCUUACUCCAGUUCAUUUUUAAGGUGCUUCAGGAACCAGUCCCAUCAGGAAGGCUCUCACCCCCUGUUCUGGUGCCAGAGCACUUUUCUGAAGUGGGAGAAGCCAUUGGAGGGGGACCUGGGGAUGCUUAGAGGAGUGCCCCAGCCUCCAGACACCCCGGGAGUGUCCCAGGGUGGCCGCCCACAGCCUGAGAGACCAGAGAACGGCCACUUGGUAGAGGCACUCUGGGGACAGCGGCUAGCUGUGGGAGUCACAGGAGCCGGCAUCCUGGGAGCUCUCACCCCGGAAGCCGGGGGGCCUCGCUGAGCUGGGAAACUGUUCAGAAUUUCUCUGCCUCCUCUUCGGGCCAGCUUUGCACAAAGCACCCAAGGAAGGUUCCCUUCCUGCAGCUUUGGACGGGGGCGACAGGAGCUUUCUUGGACAGGGAGCCCGUGCCUGCUCCCCCACUGGAGCACUGGGUGCCAUCAUGAGCAGCUGUUCUCCAGGGAGUGGAGUCAGGAAGCCCGGGUCAGCCCCAGCUCCACUGCAGGCGGUGGUUUGAUCCUGGUCAUCCCCUUCUCUUUCCUGUGCCUCAGUUUCCCUCUCCGUGAGGUGAUAACCGAGAAACCAAGUGCCUGGUGGCUCCCCACCCACCGUAGGGUGGUGACUGAGUGAACCUUGACUCCUUGAAAGAAAGACCUCCGCUGCCUCUCCAGUCCCUGCCUGGUCCUUAGUGGGACAGCUGUGGAAUUUGCCACCAAAGCCCUCGUGGGACGAGGUGCCCUGCCAAUGCGAGUUAGUGACAGUCCAGCCCACCCUUCUCCAGGUCGCUCUGGGGCCUCUGCGUCAGAAGGGCUGGUGCUGACCCUCCCCAGCUGUGGGCUCCCCAGGAGCGUCAUGGCUGGGCGCCCUCUGGCUUAAGAGCCACCACCCUAGAGACACAGAGGGGCUUUCAGCACUGCUAGGUCCCAGUCCCCGUCACCCAUGGACCUUUCCAGUGAAAGUCAAGCACUUUCUUUCCCAAGGCGGUUGCCGUGUAGUGCAGAAGGCUGCCCUCUGGACACCGUCAUCCUGCCUGGCCCCGCAUCCUUAGCCUAGGGCGACUGGCAUGUUGGAGGGCGGGCUUCCCCACCAUCUGGACCUCACUUGCUGCCCACCUCCAGGGGCCCCUGCUCUGUGCUCCAAGCCCAUUCAUUUGGGGCCCUUAACCAGCAGUCCGGCCAUUUUCCAGUCCUAGAAGGGGCUGGAAGUGCCCAGGCAGCUGCGGUCUGAGUGCCCCACUGUCUGGGAGACCCCCGUUCCCGACGCUGCCCCCUCGGCACUUAGUCUCAGCGCAGGCCCUCUCUGGCCUCUCAGCUCCAGUCAGAAUCCCUCUGACACUUUCUGCCAUUCACUUGUGGACAUGUCUCUCUUCCAGCCCUGUGGCCUGGGGGCUAGGGAGUAGUGGUCCCUUGGGAGCUAGAGCUGUCACCAUGGGCACAGGGCUCUCCCAUUCAUUCGGUUCCUUUGGAGGGUCAGGAACCCGCCCCAGUCCAUGCACUUGGUGUGGACAGGGGCAAUGGGAGAGGCCUUUUAAAGUGGGUGCUGCAGCCCCUCCUAUCUAGAAGGAUUCAAAUCAAGGUGAUGUUCAGCAGUCACCCUCCCCAGACACCUUCCAUCCUGUAAGAAUAUGCUCCUGAGCCAGAGGCCAGCGCUGAGAGCAGCUUUGUAGUAUGUUCACUUCACUCACUGAGCUUUAUGCCUGAAGUCAGACAUGCAUUCAGAAAUAUGUAUAUAUCAGCUAAGCUUACUAUUGAAA